AUGUUACUUCUUCGGGCACACAAGAGGGGGGGGGAGAAAAGGGGGUGGCUAUUAGACUCCCACCGGUUAAACCGAAGAGGAAAACGUGUCAAACCUGGCGUGGCUUGGAGAAUAUACUGUCCUGGUACGAAGUGGACUGGAGUGGACGAUGAUCUUCAUACUAUGGUAUGGUGUAUCACGUCAAAACAACCCCUCAAGGCCAAUAAACGCCACCGAUCACCGUACUCGGCAUACUCUCGUGCUCUCCAAGCCACUCCUACAACGUACUUUGUACAACCUACCAGGAGACUCUAA